CUUUCACCCCGGUGCCGUUCCCUGCGGGGUGAGUGGGGCGAUGGCCCCGGCUCCGUGCAGCUCUGCUCCCGGGGUUUCCCUGCUCUCUGUUUUCCCAUCACUCUGCGUCCCUCGGGGAGUGGCUCCGACACAAUGAUGUUCCUCUUGGUGGACCCCAGGGCUCGGACUGGGCCCUGAUGCCAGACUGGAAGGGGACAGUGGAACCCGGUUUCUCUGCUGGGGCUGUUUGCACUCCAAGAGGAUGCGGGCUGUUGCACGGAGGGCUGCCCUUCCCACCCUCAGAGCAGGGCUGGGUCCCCUGGCUGGCUCCACAGCCCAGGCUGUGCCCUAUCCCUGCUCUGGGAAUGGAGCUCGGCCAUGGGGGGUGCAGCAGCCACCUCCCCUUCCUUGUGCACCUGUGCACCACAGGGAUGGGAUCAACAGCUGGAUGUCCAACCCAGGACACAGGCAGGAUGCGGGAUGCGCACACAGCUCGAGCUGGGCUCUCCUUCCCGGCCUCAUAGGAUUUGGGUUUCGUCACUGCACGAGGACGGGCCUCUGCUUGUACCCAGUGGGUGGACACGUGCCGGGGCCUCGCCGCUGCCUGCACCCAGGUGCUUUAGCUUGGUUCAGCAAGAGCUGAGCCAGUCUGACGGCCUCGCUGUGCAGGCUUCGGCUGACAUCACUGCUGAGAACCCGUCAGACCUGCAGCACUGACCUGUGAUGGGGGUCUGUUCAUGAGCUGCUCCUGCUGCAGGACGGCCUUCUGCUCCUCUCCUGCAUCCCCCAAGCCGGGGAAGGGGCAGGGGAAGAGGAAUCAGUGCUGUGUGUAGAUCAGCUGUGUGUGGGGGGAUCCCACCAGCACCCACGUGAUGGCACAAGUGUGACCGUGGUGGCCGCUUCGUCCUUGCAUCCUAGUCAGGUCCAGCUUCCUCUUUGAGACUGGGCUGUGGGGCCAUUGCCCUUGGGAACAGCAGCUCUGCAUCUAUCCCAGGGUGUUCCUCUGAAUCCUCUGAGGUUCUGGGAGGUGAGCAUCCCCCCAGCUGUUUUCUGUGCAAGAAAGCGCAUCGCCAGGGCUACUAAAAGGGAAACUGAGGCACGGAGACUGCAGAGAGCUGUGCUCCCCUCGGUUCUGUCUGUGCAAGGCUCCAUAGAGGUGUCUGAUGGAGCUUGGGGACGGGCUUGGUGACCCUGCAGCACAGGCACAGGGCAGGAGCAGGCACAGUGCUGACACCCCUCCAACAGGGAACAGCUGAGCCCCGUGGAGUCCUUGGGCUCUCGGCACAGGCUGGGCUGUGCUGUGACAUCCAGCGAUGGCUCUCGGGGCUCUCAGCCUCCUCUUGCGACAGCUUUCCCUGCUCCAGCCCAGGGUGAGAUCUGUUGUCCCCGCGGUCGGGCCGAGGCGAUGCCGUUCCCGGGCGGCUGCUCUGCAUCUGGGAGGAGGCGGCCGCAUUCCUGGCAUAGCCGCGGUGGCCGAGGAAUCCGCGGCGGCCUGAAGGGCCCGGCGGGAGGAAUGAGCUCGGCUGGGUCUCGUGGGCGGAGGUGAGAAGCAGCCGUGCCAGCAGCUCAUCCUCUUCUUCUUUGACAGUUUGCAGAGUCUCGGGGUCACCGCGUGCGAGACUGCGGGCUGUGCUGGAUGUGGCCGUGCUGAUGACAGCAUUGAGCCACGCAGGGCUGGGACAACUGUGCACAGAGCAGCAGCCGGCGGUGCAGGAGAUGCUCGGUGGCUUUGUUCUCCACCGUCACCCUCCAUCCUCGGGCACACCGUGCCCACCCCGCAGGGCCCUGCUGCAGCUCUUGCUUUCCUUCCUCCCCUCGGCAGUCUCUGUACCGCUGAAUCUGGGUUUCCUGUGCACCAGGAAAUUGCAACUGAUCGCAUAUCCCAGGGCUGCCCAAACCCCGCCUCACACUGUGCUGUGCAAUGGGACCGGCCUCGUGCUGGGGACCGGUCCCCACGGGAUUUGGGGUGCACGCAGGGCUGUGUCUGACCACCCCACACCCCCCCCCCAGCUCGCCCAGAAGUACGACCCACAGAAGGAGGCAGAGCUGCGGACGUGGAUCGAAAGCGUCACCGGGCGGCAGAUCGGGGCCGACUUCCAGAAGGGGCUGAAGGAUGGGGUCAUCCUCUGCGAGCUGAUGAACAAACUGCAGCCCAACUCGGUGAGGAAGAUUAACCGCUCUGCACUGAACUGGCACCAGCUUGAGAACCUCUCCAACUUCAUCAAGGCCAUGGCCAGCUACGGCAUGAACCCCGUGGACCUCUUUGAAGCCAACGACCUCUUUGAGAGUGGGAACCUGACACAGGUGCAGGUGUCACUGCUGGCACUGGCGGGCAUGGCCAAGACCAAGGGGCUGCAGAGUGGUGUGGACAUUGGUGUGAAAUACUCUGAGCGGCAGCAACGGAACUUCGACGAGGCCAAGAUGAAAGCUGGGCAGUGCGUGAUCGGGCUGCAGAUGGGCACCAAUAAGUGCGCCAGCCAGUCCGGCAUGACAGCCUAUGGCACCAGGAGGCACCUCUACGACCCCAAGAACCAGAUCCUGCCACCCAUGGACCACUCCACCAUCAGCCUGCAGAUGGGCACCAACAAAUGUGCCAGCCAGGUGGGCAUGACAGCACCCGGCACCCGACGGCACAUCUACGACGCCAAGAUGGGGCUGGAGAAGUGUGACAACUCCUCCAUGUCGCUGCAGAUGGGAUCCAACCAGGGUGCCAACCAGAGCGGGCAGGUCUUCGGCCUGGGUCGCCAGAUCUAUGACCCUAAAUACUGCCCACAAGGCACCCCAGGGGAUGCAGCCAACGCCGCCGGUGAGCCGGGCACCGACCUCCCCGGGUACCACUAUUAUCAGCAGGAGGAGAGCUGCUGAGCAGGGCUGUCCCCAUGCAGUCCCCCUCACAGCCACAUUCUGGCCUCAGUUCAUCAUUCCCUCUUUUUAAUUUUUUCUUUUUUUUUUUAAAUAAUGUUAAAAGGAAUCUAUUUUUCUGGGAAGGGACUGGCCAUGCUGCAGCCCUGCAGUUUUGCCCACUCCUUGUCCUGUGCUGGAAGGGUCUGGGGCUGUGAGCAUUCCACGCUCUCUCCUAUGAUUCCCUAAAUCCAAAGCUGGAAGUGCUGUUUUUUGGAGAACUCUUGGGACCAAAGUUUCAGAUUCCAUCUCAGCCGGGUGCCCCUGCACUGCAGGAUGAUGCUGUGUGAGGUGGGGGCAGCCUCGGGCCGGGGGCUUCUUCCAACCAUGUGGGGUUUUUAAUUCAGAUGCUCUUAUAUCGAAAGCUUUUUUUUAAAA